UUUUUCCUCCUGCUCCUCCUGCGUAACUCUUCUCAUCUCUCCAAAGAAACAAAAAUAACUAUCCUUUUCUUCGCUUGAAGGGAGGCUCUCACUUUCUUCACUCUUCUCCUUACUGAAACUAACCUCAACAAACCGGAAACGUCCGGAACAGAGAAGAAGUUCGUGGGAAGAGACAAUGAAGGCAUCCAAGAACCCGAUCCACGCGGUGUCUAGAUGGAUACGGCGUCAACCACCGAAGAUGAAGGUGUUUUUAGCGGUUGUAUCGGUGAUAGCGGCACUUGUGUUCCUGAAAAUGGUCGUGGAAGAUCACGACAACCUCUUUGUUGCUGCCGAGACUGUUCAUGCCCUGGGCACCUGUGUCCUUGUGUACAAGCUUUCCAAAGAGAAAACUUGCGCUGGUCUUUCACUUAAAUCGCAGGAACUAACAGCUUUGUUUUUGGCUGUUAGACUGUAUUGCAGUUUUGUCAUGGAAUAUGACAUACAUACUCUACUUGAUUCAGCAACAUUAGGGACAACCCUUUGGGUUAUUUAUAUGAUUCGUUUUAAUCUGAGGUCUAGUUACAUGAGUGACAAAGACAACUUUGGAAUCUACUAUGUAGUGAUACCAUGUGCUGCUUUGUCGAUGUUUAUUCAUCCAUCAACAAGUCAUCAUUGGUUCAACAGGAUUUGCUGGGCUUUCUGUGUUUACCUUGAAGCCGUUUCAGUCCUGCCUCAGCUAAGGGUCAUGCAGAACACAGAGAUAGUUGAACCAUUUACAGCACAUUAUGUGUUUGCACUGGGAGUUGCAAGGUUCUUGAGUUGUGCACAUUGGGUCAUCCAGGUAUUCGACACUCAAGGACGCUUAUUGACAGCUUUGGGCUAUGGAUUAUGGCCUUUUAUGGUCCUGCUUUCUGAGAUUGUCCAGACUUCCAUUUUGGCAGAUUUUUGCUACUAUUAUGUCAGGAGUCUCGUCGGUGGACAACUUGUUGUACGACUCCCCUCUGGUGUGGUGUAAACUUAAGUAGGUUAACCGUGCAGCUACGACAUUGGGGGCAUUGGCUGCUUUUAAAGAUCGUUGUUGGGCAUUAGGAUAAUUUGUGCACUUUGUCUCUCUUCUUCAGUAACUAAUGUAAUGAUAGCAGGCCGACUGUAAAAGUUUAGGAUGAGUUACAUGUACCAAAGUACAUAAUGCAUUAUAAUAAUAUCACUAAAUUAACUA